AUGUCUGGAAUCGACAAACCCUCUGGUGUUUCUGGUAGUGCUGGUGCGGGGAGAGCUCCUGCAAGUGGUUCCACUGGUCUUGGCUCUGGCUCAGCAGCAGCAAAAGAUGGGACCAUGAAAGCUCCCGGCCAAGAUAUUCGCAUAUCCAGGGAGGGUUUUGAGAAAAACCCUGCUGGAUAUUUUCAAGAAUUGCACAAGAAGCAAAAGAAAAUAUCUGGAAUCAACAACCCUUCUGGUGUUUCUGGUGGAGCUGGUGCAGGAAAAGCUCCUGCAAGUGGUUCUACUGGUCUUGGCUCUGGCUCAGGAGCAGCAAAAGAUGGGACCAUGAAGGCUCCAGGCCAAGACGUUCGCAUUCCCAGGGAGGCUUUUGAGAAGAACGCUGCUGGAUAUUUUCAACAAUUGCACAAAAAGUAG